AUGGGUCUGAAGAUGGCUGAAUUCGAACCCUUUGCAGUCUCCAGCUUCUCCAAGACCGAUCCCUCAACCCCGAUCGAUCCGCCGUUUCUCCCGUAUUGGGCCCGGUGCCAGACUCAGUGCGCACAGAACCUGUUAGACUAUUCUGACGAACCAAUCGAGUACGACCACGACGACGAGGACUAUAGCGAUAACUGCUUCUUCUUCCCCGAAGACUGCUCGUGGACCCCGCCGAAAGACUGGGUUGUGGAGGCGCAUUGUCAAAUUCAGAAACAAAUACACAACACCCAAUUAGAAUCACAUUCUCCGUGCUUUCUAGACGCUACCGGCAACAUGAUUCCCGGACUUCCUGAUAUCAAAAUGUUGGACUCGGAGGCGCUUGGCGAUCUCCUCGAGGACAACCUCUCUCCGCCGGAGAUCACCACAAUCCUUGUGUUUGGAACCAAUGGCGCCGUGUUCGCCUACGGCUCUUCCCUCUCCUCCCGUCAGUUACGAAACCUCAGCGCGACCUACGGUGCCGCGUACACAUGCUAUGCGAAGACUGCCUCCAGUGGAAAUCUCACUGGUGUGAAUCCGGCCAGCCACCCGUCAUCCUACGUGACGGCAAAGUCCAUGUCGCUAGGUGACGUGGGUUCGAUUGUGUUCGAACUGGAUGGCUCGGUAGCAGUCGUGACGCGCAUUGCCGAUAAGGUCCUCUUGGCUGCAGUGGGGCCUUCGAAGUCAUCUACAGGCCCGGUAAAUGGAGUUGAUACUGAGCAUCACGGGGUAGAUGAGACAGGUUCAGGCGACCCGAGCAACGGAUCUACUUCGGAUGGCACUCUAUGGGAUGGCCAGCGCACUCCCACCACCGCAACAUCCCCCAAUCUCUCUACGCCUAAUGGAAGCCUCAAUGGGCGAGUCGAGAUCGACCGAAGCACGGAUCUCGCCCGGCUGGCCAGCUUGAAUUUAUCUGCCUCGCCGGCUGUUCUCCUUGCGCUAGAGUCGAAGUGUGCAGCCCUGGGAAGAUUCCUUGGGCAGAAGCUCCACGACCUGGACAGCCCCGAGGACUUUUAA